GUAGCACUCAGUAAAGAAUGUUUAAUGGAUGGAUUUCUUGCACUCUACGACGAAUGCACUAAUGACAACCUUUUGAAAAAAAGAGCUGUGUCAUCUUUUGUUAAGAAAUGUAAGGAAUUUAUUUCUUUUUUUCCCCUUUGAUUACAUUUUGUAAAAAAAAAAUUAUUUGAUAUCUUCUGUGAGUAGACACUUUAACUAAAAUUAUCGAAAUGAUAAAACGCAUCUUAGACCAUAUUUUUUAUUAAGUGCAGGUUAUUUUUUAACUGACCUGAGCUAUGAGAUAUCUGGAUUAACAAUGGAAGUUGUACAAAAAAAAUAAAGAUGUUAUAAAGAACUUCAUUUUUGUUAAAUAUUUUUAAACUGCACCAUGGAAAUGCUGUGGCCAACCUUUGAUGAACUUAAUAUUCACACCAUACCUGGUACUUAUCAUUAAAAGGUAAUAAUGGAAUAAUUUAAAGAUCAAUUCAUGUUUAAUCUCCCAUGAAUUCUAAUAUUUUCCAGUUAACAGUGCUGUGUUUUGUUCAAAAAGAAAAAGAAAGAAGGCAUCAGAUUUUGAAGUGAAAGCUAUUAUUGGAAGAGGCCAUUUUGGUGAGGUUCAAGUUGUGCGAGAGAAAUCAACUGACGCUGUAUUUGCUAUGAAAGUUCUCCGGAAAUCAGAUUUGCUUGCACAGCCAGAGGUAAAUUGUUUUAAUGAUUGACACUAACACUUUGAUUUUAUGCUAAAUUUUAUUUUUCUGUUAAUAAACAUUACAAUCUAUUGCAAGAAAAUAGUGCACAAAAAAAAAUGAAAAUUACAAAAAUAUUACAUAAUUAUCCAAUCCUGUCCCGAUUUAUCCAAUACGGCACUAAAAUAAAGUACAAUGAUUAGUUUCUCCUUAUUUUUAGCAUUGAAGAAAUUUUUUAAAUUUGUUUGUAGAUUUCCUGUUUUGAAGAGGAACGAGACAUAAUGGGAACUAGCCUUAGUCCAUGGAUUACUGAACUUCAUUAUGCCUUCCAAGAUUCUAUAAAUCUGUACCUUGUUAUGGAUUUCCAUGCAGGUGGAGAUCUACUAUCUCUCCUAUCCAGGUACUAGACUAUUCUUAUUUAGAGAAGUUUAUAUGGUUGAAUCUGUUUUUAAUUUAUCAUCUUUUUCUGCAUUAGUAAUUUUGGUAAUACAUGUUUUAAAAACAUUAUUAAGCCUUAGAUCAGUGGUUCUCAACCUUUCUAAUGCCGUGACCCUUUAAUACUAUUUCUCAUGAUGUGACGACCCCCAGGCACAAUAUUAUUAUCGUUAAUACUUUGUAACUGUGGAGUAUAUUGUUUUCAUAUGGUCUUAGGCAACCCCUGUGAAAAGGGUCGCGACCCACAGGUUGAGAACCAUUGGCUUAGAUGAAGAAGACUUAAAGAUGUAUACAAAUAAAGCUAUUUCUAUUAUCUCUAUUUUUUUAAUGAUUAAGUUUAUGACUGUUUUAUGUUAUUCAAAUUAUAGUGAGUAAAUAUUUGUUUCUCCAAAGACAUGAUGAGAUCUUUGAAGAAGACAUGGCUAAGUUUUAUAUUGCUGAGAUGGCCAUCGCUAUCAACAGCCUACAUGAAAUGGGAUACUUGCACAGGUAUUUUCUUUUUCAUAACAAGCUUUAUACAUUACUAGUCCAGACCCUUAUGUUCAGGAGUUAAUACUUAACCAAAAUAAAAAUUAUGACGUCUUCUUCUUCUUCUAUAUCUUAAGGGCCCACGAUCAAUUUAUUGAUCAUUUUGGCUCCUAUGCAUGUAGAUGGGAUUUGCAAUGUCUGUCCACUUUUACUUCAGGAAAGUGUUGAAGUCUCAUGCAGAUCAAAUAAUACUAUAUACGCGCACAAAUUUAUAAAAGCCUAUACUUAAAAAAAGAAAGAAAGAUUUGAUUUGUUUAUAACUUAACUAACCUCACAUUGUAGACAUAUCCUAAUUUUUUCCAUUUAAGUUUAUUUUUCUUUUAAAUAAAAUGGGAAACGUAUUAAUGUUUAAUUACUUGUUAAUGCUGAUUUUUCCAGAGAUAUCAAGCCUGAAAAUAUUCUACUUGACUGCACAGGACACAUUAAAUUAGCAGAUUUUGGUUCAGCUGCCAAACUAAAUGAAGAGAAAAUGGUAAGUUCACUUUUUUUUUUUUUUUAUAAACACAUUUUUUCUCUGAACCUCUUUAUAGAAUUGAUAAAUUACUUUCUUUUUCUGUUCACAUAUUUUUUCCAGAAAUAUUCGUGUGUCAAAUGAAGUCUAUUAUAAUGUUAUGGUAACUGUAUGAAAGAAAUAAUUCAAUUUAGUUGCUUUGUUGUGUAAAAAGUCUUUGCUUUGAAUAACAAGUAUAGAAAUUUUUAUUCACUGAUACACUGCAGUAUUUUCUGUGUAAAUCUUAGGUCAGUUCUCACAUGCCAGUUGGCACCCCAGAUUAUGUGGCACCAGAACUUCUAUUGUCAAUGAAUAAAGUAAAACAACAAAUAACAUAUGGUCCUGAAGUAGACUGGUGGUCUCUUGGGAUAUGUGCUUAUGAGAUGCUCUUUGGAGCUACACCAUUUACAAAUGAUCAUGGCUCUAUGGUUUCUACAUAUGCAAACAUUAUGAACUUUAAGGUGAGCACUGGUUUUCAAGACAGCAGCACGCAAUCCUAUUUUGUCUUAAUUUUUUUUUCAGUCCUUUUUUUCAUUUCAAUACAAAUACAUCUAUGAACUUAUGCUACAUUUAGGGAAAAGAAAAAAUUACAAAAGUUGGUCAGUUUUCGUAUUUUGCGGUUGCACUAUUUUGAACUUUUCAGAAUAUCUUGAAGUUCCCUGCUGAUAGUAAUGUCUCUGAUAAAGCCAAGGACUUGAUAGAAAAACUCCUGACUGACUCCAAGUCACGGUUAUCUUGGUUUGAAAUCAAGGCUCAUCCAUUCUUUCAGGGUAUGAACUGGGACACAAUAAGAGAAGGUUAGUGAAGUUUGAGCUAUCAUAGUUUGUCCCCAGUGGUAUAAAAUUUCACAAAGUUAAUAUUGUUAAAGACCUUAUUAUAUGUCUUGAGUGUCUGUAGAUGUCCAUGUCAGUAUUUUAAAUAAUUCAGUUAUUUUAAGUAAUUCAAAUUUUUAAAAUUUUUUUUUAAAGAAGAAAAAAUACUUAAGAGGGGAAAAACAUAAGUCUGUAUUUUAUGGGUUAUCUUUUUUCUCCCCUAAACCAGUUCAUGGUGUUGGUUUAUGAAAAGAACAUAAAAUUCGACACUGCCAGCUAUAAGUUAUUAAUACUCUUUAUGCAUUACUGACAGCAUUCCCUUUGAAAUUAACAAUUUAGGUGAAGCUCCAUAUGUGCCAUCUAUCCAUGGACUUGAUGACACUUCACAUUUUGAUGAAGUUGAACAGGUCAAGCGUCAACCUAAUGUAGAGGCUCUGCUGCCACAAAGAGAUUUUUCAGGAAAGGAUCUACCCUUCGUUGGAUUUACUUUUUCUAAAGAUUCCAAAAGUACAGGCAGCAGAUUUAUGGGCAGUCCAACCACUUCAAGCUCUUCAGAGAGUGACCUGAAUAAUAGUAACCUGCUUAACAAGGGCUGUUUGGUUGAUCAGAGCUCCAGCUCUGCGUCAUUAGCUGAUAUGGAUAAGCUGACACUUGAGAUUUUAGCAGAGAAAGAUCAAGAAAUAGAGAAGCUGAGACGUUUGUUGCACUUGGAUGAUGGGAAUGUUAUCCCUGCAGAAGCACGCUGUAUUUCUCUCAUUGAGAAGUGGAACUCGAUGGACAGUGAAAUUAGAAUGAUUGGUGAGUUUGUAAAUAAUUUCAUCUGAUUCAUUUUAUUAGUUGAUUGUCUCUGUUAAGUAGAGUAUUAUUGAAUUUGUUUUAAUUGUAUUUCUUGUAUGCAGCGAUGAAGUUUAAAUUGUGCGGUGGCUAAUUUAAAAAACAACUUUUAUAGAAGAGAAUGAAACCACCUAUUUUAAAAAAAUAUCUUUAUAUUACUCAUGUGAUUUAAACUAGAUGUGAUUUAAACUAGAUGACAUGCAUAUAACACUACCCAAUUAUGAUACCAUAACAUUUACAGAAGAUGAAUUGCUUGAAGUAAAGAUGGAAGAGAUGAAAGCAGAAAUAAUUCUCCUGGAAACAGAGCAAGAAAAGCUCUCAUCACAGCUGAGAGUUAAAGAACACCAUUUAGCCAAAACUAUCGAAGCGCUUAAUGAUGCAAAUGCAAAGUUACAGGUAAAUUCGUACCUAGUGACAAUAUUAUUAGUCACACAAAAAUUAAAUAUUUAUUUUUUUAUUGCAUAUUGAACAAGGGACAAUGCUUGACUUAAUAGUUAGGAUCCCAUAAUACAAAGUUCUUUUUAUUAUAAAAGUGAUAUUGUGCCUCAAUAAUGAGGGUAUACAAAUCUGGUACGUGAUCUUAAAAUCAAAUCAUUCAUGUAGAAUACACAGAAAAUGAUGGACAGAGAAAAGCGCAAAUCUCGAGAAGCCCACCAUAAGGAUUUUAUGCUACUUGAACUUCGUAAUGAAAGUUGGGAGAGUUUAUUGCAAAGUAAACAAGCAACCAUUGAUGAGCUGAGUGCCAGGCUUAGAGAUCUGGAGGAGUUGGUUGAAGCUUACGAAGACAGUGAGGAGAAACAGGCCACAGAAGUACACCAACUACAACAGAAGUUAAAUACAUCAUUACAAGAUUUGUCAACAUUUACCCUCACAAAUGUUAGAAUGUCUGGUGGGACAGGGGAGGCAGAGGUAAUAUUUUUUUAAAAGUUUCAUGAACAAAUAUUGUUGUUGCUAUUUCAAUUGAAAAAAUGAAAUUUUGAUGUGAUUGACUUUUUAACUAUUAACCCUUUCAUUUUGUUAAAGGAUGCUUUUGAAAUGUUUUGUUCAUAUUUUUGUUCAGGUUGAGUUGGACAAUUUGCAUCAUGCCAUGUGUCCCUCUAAGAAGAAGCUAACCCUGCAUGUGACACUCAAAGCUGGGCGGUGCUCAUUUUCUGAUAAUAAAACUUUAAUCAAAUUACAGGUAUGCAAAUAGUUGGAUUAAGUAUUUAGUGUGAAAUGGUGAUAUUCUAUAAUGAAAACUACCAUCAGACAUUUUGGGAAGGAGGGGUUAGGGAGAAAUAUUAAAAGGCAGUAAAUAAAAAAACAGUGGAGCAAAAGAUAAGGGGCCACUUAGUUUUAUUUCAAGUUAUCAUUUAAUUGGCAAACUUAUUGUUUGGCAACAAUUAAAAAAAAACAGCAUUAAACUUAAUUUCUAUUUAGUUUCUAUUAAAGUUUAAAUAAAAUUAAUUGUAGUCUCUUCCCAAACAUACUUCAGAUCUAUGCUCCUCUCAAAAAAUUGUUAUUGACACAUCUCACCAUCCUUCAUGCCUCUCACAAAGAAUUGUUGCCCAUGCAUCACACCAUCCUUGAUACCUCUCAAGAAAAAUUGUUAUUCACACAUCACACCAUCAUUAGUCUUUAAUACAUGUAACUACAUUUUCAUUCUAACUAUAUGUCAGGGAUUUAGAAGAAAAUUGCACUUGAUAUAAAUUCAGGUCAUGUAAACAAUUAUUCCAGGCACUUCAGAAAAUGGUGGAUAAAUAUGCAGAGAGUGCUAGAGAUUGGAGGGAGAAAGAAGAGGAACUGAACGCCAAGAUAAACAGUCUUGAAUUGGAUAAUCACACAUUAAAACAGAAAGAAGGAAUGGGUCGCAAAAUGAAAGAUAGUUUAAUGGAGAAGGUAAAGAUACUUAAACAUUUAAACUUGAACUUCUUUUGUGAUGUCAUCUUUAUAUUUUACAAAUAGGAGUAAAUUAAAUGUAAUGGACUGAUUGCUGUCUUAGAAUAUGUCUAAAAUUACUUGUUUUCAUUAAUUAGUUUUUUACUUAUUCAUUUGAACUUUGACCAUGUGCCAUGGGCUGUAGCUGAUAUACUAGCUUUCCUAGCUCAAGUUUUGUUUUGUUUUGUUUGCUAUUGAUCUUUAAAAAUUAACAAAAUAUUUCUACUUUGGAAGGGGAGAGGAGUUUUAGGAGUGCAUUUUCAUCAUUUUAGGGAUGUUGUAACUUUUUUAUUUUAGACUAUUUUAUUGCUUUAAUCUGAACUAAAUAAUAAUUUAAACUUUGUGUUGAUUUCAAUUUAGCUUAUAUUUCUUUUUUCCUCUUAUUUUCCAUUUAUAUUUUAGGGGAGAGGAGUUUUAGGAGUGCAUUUUCAUCAUUUUAGGGAUGUUGUAACUUUUUUAUUUUAGACUAUUUUAUUGCUUUAAUCUGAACUAAAUAAUAAUUUAAACUUUGUGUUGAUUUCAAUUUAGCUUACAUUUCUUUUUUCCUCUUAUUUUCCAUUUAUAUUUUUAAAAAAAUAAGUUCUGUCAUAACUUGAUUUAUUACAGGUCACCAGUUAUCAACUUGAGGUAGAGGCACAAAAGUCAAUCAUUAAGGAGCUGCAGGAAACAAUGAGAAGCUAUCUGAACAAAAGUAGCAACUAUUCAGAUAGUGACAGAAAACUGAAGGUUAGUAUUUUGGUCUGUUGUCUUGUGAUUUCAGUAUUCAUUUAAUAGUUUAGUGUAACAAGCAAAAUCUAAGUAAGCUAUGUAGGAAAGUUCAUUUUAAAAAAAAAAAAUAUUUAUCUUGCUGCAUUUUAUCGCUUCAUUUAUUUUUAAUAAAAAAUAAUAAUUUUCUUUACUAAAUCUUAAAAUCAUAGGAAGUUCAGCAAAGCAAGCUGGAUUUAGAAUCAGAACUGAUGUCUGUGAAAGAAGAAUCUGAGAAGACACGCCUGUCAGCUCUACACAAAACAAAGCAGAUGGAAGAGGCUAUUAAGAAACUGGAAGAGCAAAGGGCUCUGGCUCAAGAUUACAAGUAAAAUAUAGCUGUAUGAGUGAUGUAGGAAAUAUUUUAUCACUGGUGUUGUUCAUUUAUUGGAAUUUGGAACUGAUUAAACUUGACACAGUCAACUGAUAAUGAAAACCUUUUGGUUGGCAAAUUAUAAAUAUGUACAGUGGAAUGAAGGACACAAGACAUUUGAAAUAAUUUUUUUUUUCAUCAUGAAAUUACUGUGUUGUGUAUUUGCAAUAUUCAUUCUAUUGGAAUGUUAGGUAGUACUUUUAAUUUGUUUUACUAAAGAAUAUAUGUCCUAACAAUUGCAAAUAUAAUAUUACUUUUUUCUUCUUCAAAAAAUGCACCCCUUUUCCAGAAAUCGCUAUGACUGUCAGGUGGAGUUGACUGAGGUCAAAGUUCGUUCUUUGGAGGAUGAAUUAGCUAAGGUCACCUCUGAUCGGCAGCGGCUUGAGAGAAGAGAAGAAACUCUUACAACACAAGUAAGCAGAUUUUUACCUGUCAAGUGCUGCCAAGUUUUGUGUGGAUGAGCUUGAGUUUGACUAUUUGUCACUUGUCUAACAGAGUGUUAAGUUCAAAUGCUAAGUUCAAGCAAGUUUCUUAGCUGAUUAUUAGAUCUAAUUAGUGGGAUACACUUCCUGGAAAUUAUAAACAUUAGAUUUUCCUGAAUAAAGUACAAUUAUGUUACCUUUCUUUUUACACUACAGAUUCAUUCUUGGGGGAUCAAAUUUGUUGCUUGUCCAUUUGUAAUUUUUCUGCUUUACAAAACCCAUUGUCAAAUUAUUACUUUGUUAGUUUCGCCAAAUUUAUGCAAUGAGAAAAAAAAAUAAAACCAUUGAAGCGUAGAUUAAUAAUAAUAAUAAUAAUAAUAAAGUUUAUUUGAAAAACACGCUUCAUCCCCAAAAGCUCGAAGCGCGGUACAAAGUCAACCAUAUUAAAAGAGAAAUAAAAACAAUCUAAAAUUUACCACAUUUAAAAAAACAGGCGCAACAAUAUAAAACUACAUACGAGCAUACCAAGUCAAAGACUUUCAUCCCUUUUCAACCAUAAGCAACACAAGCCAAUAUACAUUAACUGAAAAAGAUGGUAGAUAGCAUCACCCCAGAAUGAUUAAUGGAUUGAUUGACAUCAAUGAAUCUGUUUAGGUGGAGACGCUUCAGAGUUUACUAGAUGACAGGACAUUAGAGAUGGAGAAGCUUGAAAGAAGAAAUACAGACAUACAAACACAUCUACAACAGUUACAGCAGAGGAACACAGACCUUCAGGUAAAUGCUGUUUUUUUACAAUGUAUAGACUUCAGAAGUGAAUGGCUCAGUAUAGUCCUGCUCCAUCACUCAUACUUAGUACAGGCCAGCUCUUUUACCAGAUUCAGUGAUGUGGCUUCCUCAUUUAGUCUCCAGAUAAAAAAUUUGCAAUGUAAUUUGGGUUCAGUUUUGUAACAAUGUUGUAUUUGACAGAGACCCAUUUCAGUCUACUGGAAUGUGCUUAUGAAUGAAAUAGCAAAACGAAUUAUGUGGAAGCUUGAAUUAGAGAACAGGACAAAAAAUAAGGACGUUAUAUUUUCAUUUCUACUGUUAGCUAAAGAAGGCUUUAUGCCGAAACGUCCUUAUUUUUUUGUCCUGUUCUCUAAUUCAAGCUUUCACAUACCUCAUUUUGCUAUUUCAUUCAUUUACUAGGCUUGAAUGCAGUCCUUUAAUCUAUAUUUUGGGAAUGUGCUUAUAAUGCAUUCUUUGAGUUUCUCUAUGAGGACUCAUUUCCAUAAUUACAGAGCUAUAUCAAUGAUUUCUGUACUUUAGGUCCAGAUAGAAUCGUUACAAAAAGCCUCUUCAAAAAAUGAUGCACAAGAAAAGUCUAAAGCAGAGCUGGGCUUCCAAGUGAGUCGUCUGCAGCAACAAAAUGCUGACCUGGAGCAUCGUAUCACCACAGCCUUGAGAGAAAAGCAAGGUUUAGAAGACAAAGUCACAAUAUCAGAACGGGACAAGGAGCGUCUCAUGAGGAGGAUUGAAAGACUGGAAACUUUGGAAAAAGAUAGACAUGAGCUAGAAUCCAGAGUGGAAAAAAUGGCUACAUUGGAAAGGGAAAAAAGAAGACUCGAAAUCAAGGUAGAGUUAAUUUUCUGA